GGCUGGAUGUGCAGGUGUCAGACUCAGCUGCUUCUGGGGGAGGACUGGCCUCUGCCUCCUCUCAACUCUUCCCAACUCUUUCCCAGAGAAGGGACACGGUGGGGUGUCCAGAGAGGCCUCUCCUCCAGGAUCAUAAAGGUCAAGAGUCAUGGUCAUGGCUCCUACCCCACCUCCAGUAGAAAGAGGCUUUCCCCACAGAUCCUGCCACUCCUCAGCCCCUCUCCAAAGUAUUGCUGAGCGAGGUUGCCUUUUCCACGGAAUGGUCACAGGUCCCACUGGCUGGAGGUCAAGGGUCCGGUCUGUGUCCCUUAUUCCCACCCAUGGGCAGGCUAGGGAAGAUACAAUCUCAUCCCUGGCCUUAGGGGCUGCCCCAGGAGUCUAGAUACAAACGCUUCACCUCCUCAGGAGGCUACACCUGCUGUUGGGGGGCUGUGGGGUGAAGAUGGGGCUCAGGCUCUGUCCAGAGUCUGAGUUUGAGCCUGGCGCCUGCCCCCUCAUCUCCUACAAGGUGGAGACAUCACGCACUGUCUGGGUGGAAGCUCAGCGGUCUGGCAGGGGUGGAGGCAAGGAGGAGGAAGGGCCUUCCCCACGCCUCGAGCUCCCCCCCCCUCCUCGGACUCCCCCUCCCUUCCCAGGCCGGGGAUAUAAGCCCCGCAGGGAAAGCGCUGAGCAGAGGAGGAGGCCACAGCCCGACCUGCAGCAGUCCAGCCCUUGGGACUCCUCUCGCCUUCCACCUGCUCAUCUCCGCUUCCAGAACUGUCGCCAUGGUGACCGUGCGCCGGCCGUGGCCCGCCGUGGCCACAGUGCUGCUGGCCCUGCUCGCCUGCCUGGGGGCGCUGGUCCACGCCUACCCCGCCAAACCCGAGGCUCCCGGCGAAGACGCGUCGCCGGAAGAGCUGAGCCGCUACUACGCGUCGCUGCGCCACUACCUCAACCUGGUCACUCGGCAGCGGUACGGGAAACGAGACAGCCCGGAAGCGGUCCUCUCGAAACUGCUCUUCCCCGACGGCGAGGACCGCCAGGUCAAGUCACGGCCAGAAGGCGCGUACAUGUGGUGACGACCCCAAAGCCUCCUGGGAGACGCGCCGACUGCACCGACCUCGUUUGCAUGUGUGCUCCUGACCCCGGAACCUGGGUUCCUCUCGCUGCCUACUGUGCCUGGGAGGGGGUGGGGGUGCUGGAUGGGGUCUUCAUCCCAUUUCUCCGUGCCCCCGGCCCCUGGGCUGGAGGGCUGUGUGUGGUCUUUCCCUGGUCCCCAAAUAAAGAGCAAAUUUCACUGAAA